CUCAUUUAAAAAAAAAACUGAAUCCUUCCCCUCUUCUCACAAAACCCCCUACUCCGGCCUGAGGUUCCGGCUCACCUCCGCCGUAGCACCGCCGGCGGCGGCGGUCGGAGGUGCAAAAUGGGGUCAUUCUAGCCCCGUUUGAAGCCGAUCAUUCCUUGGAACCCGGAUUCGAGGUUGGGUUCGUUAAAAAAUGGGCCAAAACCGAAGGGAAAAGGAGGAAUCUGUUCGUUUUCCCCCUUCUCCGGCGCGGCGCAGUGUAUUUGGUCAAUUUUGCAGCUGAUUGACGUGGAGCAGGUGGCGCAGAGAGCAGGCGCGGCGCCGGUCAGAGGGCAGGUGGACGAAGAUUUUUCCAUUGUAAAUGGGCCUGGGUGUUUUGGGGCUUGUAGUGGGUUAUUUGGGUAGUUAGGCUUGUUGGGCCCGGAUAAAUUUGGGCUUGUACAAUAAUUAUGUUAAAAUAUAAUUAAAUUAUUUAUUUUUAUUUUUAUUUUUAUUAAAAUAUAUUUAACAAUAAUCUUAUUAAAAUUUAAUAACAAUAAUUAUCUACCUACAAAAAUUACAAAAAUUCUGUUAAGUCCAACGCUGCCACAGCAAAAGAUGAGCGGCGCGAGAUUUCUCUACAGCAACGGCGUCGUUUCUUGCUCCCCCGAUGCUCCUCCCAUCACUACUUUCCUUGAAUCCCUUCCAGGAUCUUACACAACAACUAGAACGCAUGAAAAUGGAACAACCCUUUUGUUUUGGGAAAGGCAUUUAAAAAGAUUGUCGAAUUCUACAAGAAUUCUACUAAAUUCAAACCCAGAACUCAUGUUCAAGGCGAACAAGAAAAGCCCAUUGUUAUUUUCUCCUUUUUAUGUGACUUCAUCAUUGAAAUGGGAGUCAAGGGUUCGGUCAUUGGUUAGUAAUUCAUUGAACCAAGUUUUACCCAUUGCUCUCAAGGAGAGGUCUAAUGGGGAGGAGUUGGCGGUUACUGCUCUUGUUUCUGGGGAUAUCGAGAAGCUGAAGGCAAUGAAGAAUGUUGGUGGUGGUGGUGAUGAUGAUAACGGAGUUUUUCAGGUUCUUGAUCUUCAUUUGCAUAUAGGGAGUUAUAUUCCUCCGGUGUUUGGGAUCGAAGAAAGUGGAGCACAUUUGGCUUUGGUGGGUCGCGGAAGGGAUCUUGCCGAUGCUAAGUAUUCGGAUUGGGUAAGGUUAAGGAAGCCAUUGGAGAAAUUGAGGCCUCCUUCAGUGACUGAGCUCUUGUUGUCUAACGAUGGUGAUCGAAUACUUGAGGGCUGCAUUACAAACUUCUUUGUCAUUUGCCAAAGGGAUAAGAGUGAAGCAGAGGGGAAAUACCUGGAUGACUACAAUAAUGUGAAUUCCGUUGAAGUACAGACGGCGCCUAUUUCCGAUGGUGUUCUUCCCGGUGUUAUUCGGCAACUGGUAAUUGAAGUAUGCCAUAGCAAAGGCAUCCCAGUUUGUGAAGUUGCACCAUCAUGGGAAAGACAUCGACUUUGGGAAGAGGCAUUUGUUACCAAUAGCUUGAGAGUUUUACAGCACGUGGAGACUAUUAAAGUUCCUCAGCCAUGGGAAUCUCUCGAAUCAAAAAGUUUCGAAGGAAUAUCAUGGAUUGAGAAAAAGUUUCAGGGUUAUAUCUCAUACUCAUGCAACCAAAUUGCGUUGAACAUAGGCGUUGGACACAAGUACUUCAAAGAAAUGAAGAUUCAGAGCAACAUAGUUUUUUUUCUCAUAAUCGUUCUUCUUUGUUGAAAUAGCAGGGUCCCGGGAUUAUCACAAAAGUCAUCCAGGUAAAAUUCAAUGAGUACAGGUUAUUUUAAACUAUACAACUCGUAUAAAUGUUCAUGUGUUUUAGUAUUGCACAUAUUUGGAAUAAAAUAGAGAGAGAACAUAUUGAAGUAUGGGUUGCCAUUUUGCAUGAGAAGCCACAUUGUUUCUUGACUCAUUUUGUUUGUGUUUGUUGAUUGUUUAUGUUCUAAUGGAACUGUAGAAAGGGAUCAUGGAGAGAGCCAGCACGGAAAGCCACCCAUUAAAUGAAUCCAUAUAACGGACAAUGAAAUUUCAUGUGUCAUAAGAUCAUCUGUGAGCGAGACGCAAAGCUUGCAUCAUGCCAUAAGCAUAAAUCCCUGGUUUAAUUCGACUGAAACAAAGGUAACUUUGUCUGCUUUUGGGCUAAAGCAGCCAUACAUGAAUGAUCGGUCCUCCAUUUUUUGAAAAACAAAAAUUGGAUUGUUUGAUCUGGUAGCCGAUUAGAUUCGGUUCUUCCCAGUAAUAACUUGACUUGCAUCCGCACAAGAAUCAUAGUGUCAUUUUGGCUAUACACUGAAUCAUAUUCUUGUAUAUUUGCUCUUCAUUGCUAAUGUGGAUGGAAGUUGGGUGUUGUUAAGAGGCUUUAAAACUUGUGAUGAUAGUAAUGCAAUGUGAAGGUUCCAUGGUAAUAUUCUUAUAAAGUGGAGUGUAUGUGAUUAUUUGGAACCUGUUAUUUAUGAGAUGAGCAAUAAUGGUUUAGAAUGCAUGCAUCCAUGCAGGGGUGCUUGAACAUA